AUGCGCACUUCUCGCACUUCCAAAGAGACCGCGAAGGUUCUGCAGGCCCUCUCGCCCCCUAUCCGACGAAAAACGCGCAACUCCAAUGUGAGCGCUUUGAAAGGGUUCGCGUACAACGCGAAUGCGACUCCGACAGUCAAGACAGAGCCGGAAAAUGGCUCGGUGACAUCCAGUCUAUCUGCCUUCAAAAGUGACGAUGAAUCCUCUUUCUCCGAGCUCUCCGAGGCCGACACAGCGGAUAUCGAAGACCUCCUUGAACCGCCAUCGAAACGCCAAAAACGCAACGCAAGCCCUUUAAACCCACGAGUCCUCAAACAGAGUACAAGUUCUCGCACACCCCGAAAAGUGAUAGUCAAGGAUGAACCCGACCAGAAACCGACACCCACAUCCAAACAACGACCCACACCGACUCCCAAACAAAGACGGCUCCCUGCCCGUGAAACACGCGAUAUCGACGGCUCAAUCAAGGUCGAGCCGCCAUCCAACUGGGAGACGAUAUACGAAACCGUGAAAAAGAUGAGGGCAGCCAAUCCGACUGCACCGGUAGACACAAUGGGCUGCUCGGAGCUAUACUGGCGUGGAUCAUCAGCAAAAGACCGUCGAUUCCAGACACUCAUUGCAUUGAUGCUCUCAUCCCAGACCAAAGACACAGUAACAGCGGUAGCGAUGCAACGUCUUCACACUGAGCUGGGAGACGGCACUCCAGCCGAAGAUGUCAAAAUCAAACUGGAAGAGGAUGAUUCAAAACCCGUCGACAGUACCCUAAACCUAACCAACAUCCUAGCUGUCGAUCCGACGCGACUAAACGAACUAAUUCGCACAGUCGGCUUCCACAACAACAAGACAAAAUACAUCAAAUCAACCGCGCUGAUCCUGCGAGACCAGUACAACGGCGAUAUCCCUUCCACUCCGGAGGGACUCAUGGCACUUCCGGGCGUUGGACCUAAAAUGGCAUACCUCUGUCUGAGCGCGGCAUGGGGUAAACACCUAGGGAUCGGUGUCGAUGUGCAUGUCCACCGUAUUACCAAUCUCUGGGGUUGGAAUAAGACCAAGACGCCUGAGGAAACGAGGAAGGCGUUGCAGUCGUGGCUGCCACCGGAUAAAUGGCAUGAGAUUAACAAGUUACUUGUUGGGCUUGGGCAGACUGUCUGUCUGCCUGUUAAGCGUCGCUGUGGAGAUUGUGAUCUGGCUGGCACGCGACUUUGUAAGAGUGAGAUUCGGGGGCUUGAGCCUACGGUUCUGAAAGUUAAGAGAAGCCCUGAGGUUGAUGAGCCCAAGGUUAAGAUUGAGGCUCUAUGA